AUGGAAAUUCUCUCUAACACAUCGUGGACACGGACCCUUCCCGAGAGAUUCGAAAAGCUCUUUGGCUACGACUUGCGCCCCUACCUCCCUCUCAUCAUAUUCAACAACAACAAUAUCAACCUCCAGAAUGAUGCUCCCGGCCAUACACGAUGCUUUCUAGAAACUUAUGACAAAGGCCAGGGCUACAUCAACGACUACCGUGCUGCGCUCGCCGAUGGCUACCAGGAGUACGUGACCACUCUUGCAAAUUGGACACACUCUCUUGGUCUAAGCCUAUCUUCGCAGGUUUCAUACAACCUACCUAUGGAUAUGGAGGCAUCCAUCCCAUUUGUCGACGCCCCUGAGUGCGAAAGCUUGCAAUUCCACGAUAACCUCGAUGGGUACAGGCAAUUCUCGGGACCAGCCAAUCUGGCAAGGAAGACCGUCAUCUCCAACGAGCUUGGUGCGGUGUUUGGAAGUGCAUACCGCUUCACCAUCCCAGACCUGCUUUUCGCCAUGAACCGCGCUGUCGCGGGAGGGGUCAACCAGUUCGUCAUUCAUGGGCAAUCAUACUCGGGCAACUACCCUCAAACAACUUGGCCUGGGUACACGGCAUUCAGAUACUAUGUUUCCGAUUUGUAUUCUCCUAAACGCCCCGACUGGGACCACGGUCUUCAAGCUGGGCUGGACCACAUGGGCAGGGUUCAGCACAUCCAGCAGACAGGCGUCCCAAGAACCGACGUUGCGUUUUACAACAAACAGACAGCAACAGAUCCUAAUAUGGGUACACUUUAUACAUCUGAUGAUCUUAUCUUCAAAGGGUGGUCCUACAACUACUUGUCUCCUGAUAACUUUGCCCUCCCACAGGCAUACGUAGGGGAUAACUUGCUCGCGCCCCAGGAUGCAAAAUACCAAGCGCUUGUAGUGCUUGGAUCACAGAAUCUCACCUCAUCGGGUCUCCUCAAGCUCACUGAGUUUGCGGAAGCUGGGCUGCCCAUUAUAAUUGCUGGCGGCUCCCCCGGCGAGUAUCCGACCGAGAAUAAAGCAUCCGAUGUCAGCUUUUCUUUCGACACCAGCUUGCAGAAGCUUCUUAAUAUUAGCUCUGUCUACCAGGUUGCAGAGGGCGAAAUCGCCGAGAAGCUGAAAGGACUCGGCCUCAAACCAAGAGUUGGCGUCAAGACGAACGGAACAUGGCAUACCACCUGGCGCCAGGACUCCUCCGGUAACAUCAGCUAUGCAUAUGUCUUCAGCGACGCUGAGUACUCGAAUGGAGAGCUCAUUGUGCAAUCUGGUGGAAUUCCUUACUUCUUUGAUGCCUGGACGGGAGCCAGAGAGCCGGUGUUGUACUACACGACGGAAGGCUCGACGACGACUAUCCCUCUCACUCUGGCUGGAAACCAGACCAAGAUCAUCGGCUUCUCUAGUUCUUGCCUUGAAGACGUUGUGACACCUGAGCUUCACUUUACGAAGCUCUCUGGCAAUGUUCUGGGCUAUCGCGCAGAUGAUCAGGGGAUCGUCGUCCAUGCUGCUGCGUCCGCAGAUCCCACAACUCUUACGUUAUCAACGGGCGACAACUUCUGCUAUUCAACAAAUGCGGCGUCAUCAUUCGAACUUACUUCUUGGGACCUGGUCCUGGAGCAUUGGGAAGCCCCCGAAGACAUGUACGAUGCAGCAGUGGCAGCAGUUAAGCGGAACACCACGCACCAUCUCGACGGUCUCGUAUCUUGGACGGAGAUUCCAGCAGCCACCAACACGUCUGGUGUUGGCUAUUACUUCGCCAACUUCACCUGGCCACCCAAUCUAUCCGCUGAAACGAAUGCAUCGGUCGGUGCCUACAUUCAGUUCUCUCCGGCUCUGAACUCGAUCACUUUGGAAGUCAAUGGUGCUCGCGUGCAUUCUCUCGACCCGACUAAUCCUGUCGCCGAUAUCUCGACUUAUCUUGUUGAAGGAGACAAUCAUGUUCUUGCGAUAGUUCCUAGCACGAUGUGGAACUAUCUUCGUAGCAUUCUGGGGGACAUCAAGAACUUGGGCGCGACGCCUUUUGGGCCUGGAGAAACCCUUUCUGUUGAUAUGAUCCCCAAAACAGAGAACGGGUUGGUGGGUGCUGUGAACAUUAUUCCCUACGAAGCUCUGCGGGUGGGUGCGUCGGAUGGCCAGCAAGAAUGUUAG